AUUUGACUAUGAUCACAAUGGCAUUGAGGAACAUGUAUGCAGAGCCUGAAUGCAGUGUUGUGGUUGCACACCCAGGCACCUUGGUGGGAAAAAAGCAGUGGUCUAAAUUAGGCGAAGAAACGCAAUUAAAUUUGUCCAGAUUUAAUAGGAUUAAAGCUAUGGUUUAUAUUGAUAGCCAGGCUAACAGUACUGCAUUUGUUUGGUGUACAGUACCUUAAAGGCAGGAAUCCUCUUUCCUCUGCUGAUUCAUAAAAGAACAGGCCCCUGUAUGACAAUCAUAAAUCAUGGACCACAUGGUAGAGGGCUGUUUUGCAUUACUGGCCCAUUGAACUUUUAUAAUUUUCCAUCUAAUCAUCAAAAAAGUGAUGAUUUCUUAUGUCCUUCCUCUUUCGGCCAAACUAAAUAACCUUGUCCCUUUUCCUUCUCUCUCGUUUUUUUUUUUGAGAGGUAAGGGAAAGGAGUUUUUGAGGCAGACAUUGAGUGUGUGUACAAAUGCCAGAUAAGUUAUGCAUUUUGCUUACUAGAUUGUAUAUUGUAAAUGGAGGCUUUUGCAGUCCAACAGAGAGGAUGCUUUUUUUAAAGGUUUUGUGUAGAACUCCAGUGGAUUACUAGUAGCAUGAAUUACAAUACUCGAGAAUUAAUUACAUACAAAUAGGAAACCGGAUGGACAGUACAUCAGCUGAUUUGCUUCUAAGCCAUUAACGUGACCAUGGGAGAUAUGAAGACCCCGGACUUUGACGACCUCCUUGCGGCAUUUGACAUCCCAGAUAUGGUUGACCCUAAAGCUGCUAUUGAGUCAGGACACGAUGACCACGAAAGCCACAUCAAGCAGAAUGUGCAUGCCGAUGACGAUUCUCACGCACCAUCGUCGUCUGAUGUUGGCGUCAGCGUCAUUGUGAAAAACGUGCGGACGAUUGAUUCCUCUGAAGGAGCGGAGAAGGAAGGUCACCCCUCUACAGGCAAUGGCUUGCAUAAUGGGUUUUUAACUGUUUCGACUCUAGAUGGUUACAAUAAAGAAGACUGCAAAUCUCACAAAGACGAGGGCUCUGUUUCUGAGACAACACUGAAAGAAUCUACCUUCAACCAAUUUAGCCCUAUCUCAAGUGCUGAAGAAUUCGACGACGAUGAAAAAAUUGAGGUGGAUGACCCCCCUGAUAAGGAAGAGAUGCGUGGGAGCUUCAGAGCAAACGUACUGACGGGGUCCGUCUCCCAGCAGGAUUAUGAGAAAUUAAAGGUACUUGGAGGGGAAAACCUGAUGAAACCUGGAAUUGCAGGUUCCGGUAAUGCCGAUAAAAAUAAACUUGUUAAAAGAGACUCAGAAACAAACUCUACGCCUUUGGGUAUGUACGAACCCUUUAAAGCGAGAAAAACAGAUGAUAAGCUACACAAAGAAAAUCCCGAAAAGGUACAUGAAAACCGGGUACUUGAUGGAAAAAUAGGCACCGAGAAAGCGGAAGCAAACCUCACCAGUGUUUCACAGUCGAAAGCAAAGUCAUCAGCAAAACUCUCCUCGUGUAUUGCUGCCAUUGCGGCACUUAGCGCUAAAAAAGCAGCAACAGACCCUGUGAAAGACCCACAGUCUACUUCAAGAGAGCCGUCUCCCUUGCCAAAAGAUAUGAAUGAAAGCCCUAGGGCCAUUGACAAAUCACCUGAACCUCAGAGUCUCAUUGACUGUGCUAAGAAACCCUCCGUUAAGCAACCUGACAGUCCCCGGAGCGUAUCGAGCGAAAACAGCAGCAAAGGGUCUCCACCGUCACCCGCAGGCUCGACACCAGCAAUCCCGAAAGUCCGCAUCAAAACCAUCAAGACAUCGUCUGGCGAAAUCAAGAGGACGGUUACGAGAGUGUUGCCAGAAGUUGAUUUGGACGGCAGCCGCAAAGCAGAACAAACGGCUUCCAUGGUGGCGUCCAUGACUUCGCUGCUCUCCUCCCCGACUUCCGCCGCAGUCCUUUCUUCUCCCCCUCGGGCACCCCUUCAGCCGACGGUCGUCACCAACGCCGUUGCGUCCGCAGAACUCGCCCCGAAGCAGGUCACCAUUAAACCCGUGGCUACUGCUUUCCUUCCGGUGUCGGCUGUGAAGACAGCAGGAUCCCAAGUUAUCAACCUGAAGCUCGCAAACAACACGACGGUGAAAGCCACCGUGAUAUCUGCUGCUUCAGUGCAGAGUGCCAGCAGUGCCAUUAUCAAAGCUGCCAACGCCAUACAGCAGCAGACUGUGGUGGUGCCAGCGUCCAGCCUUGCCAGCGCAAAACUCGUGCCAAAGACAGUCCAUCUUGCCAACCUUAACCUACUGCCUCAAAGCGCUCAGGCCACCUCCGAACUCCGCCAGGUGCUCACCAAACCUCAGCAGCAGAUCAAGCAGGCAAUAAUCUCUGCGGCGGCUUCGCAGCCUUCGAAGAAGGUGUCCCGGGUCCAGGUGGUGUCGUCUUUGCAGAGCUCCGUGGUCGAGGCUUUCAACAAGGUGCUCAGCAGUGUUAACCCCGUCCCUGUUUACAUCCCGAACCUCAGCCCCCCCGCCAACGCCGGCAUCGCUUUGCCCCCGCGUGGCUACAAGUGUUUGGAGUGUGGAGACUCCUUUGCCCUUGAAAGGAGCCUGACGCAGCACUACGACCGGAGGAGCGUGCGGAUCGAGGUCACCUGCAACCACUGCACCAAGAACCUUGUUUUCUACAACAAGUGCAGCCUCCUCUCUCACGCCCGCGGGCAUAAGGAGAAAGGGGUGGUGAUGCAGUGCUCCCACUUGAUUUUGAAACCCGUCCCGGCGGAUCAAAUGAUAGCUUCUCCGACAAGCAAUAGUUCUGUCGCCUCGUCCGUCCUUCAGAGUUCUAUCGGGAUGGGCGCCCAUACUGUUGCCAAGAUACAGUCCAACAUCACCGGAGCAGUCAUCUCGGCUCCUGCAAGCACACCUGUCCCUCCGGCCAUGCCCCUGGACGAAGACUCGCCAAAGCUAUGCCGGCAUAGCUUGAAGUGUCUGGAGUGCAACGAAGUUUUCCAGGACGAGACGUCUCUAGCAACGCACUUCCAGCAGGCUGCAGACUCAAGCGGACAAAAGACGUGUAGUAUAUGUCAAAUGCUGCUUCCCAACCUGUGCAGCUUUGCAUCGCAUCAAAGAAUUCAUCAGCACAAAUCGCCCUACACGUGUCCCGAGUGUGGUGCAAUCUGUAGAUCGGUACAUUUCCAGACCCACGUCACAAAGAACUGCCUGCACUACACUCGAAGAGUUGGAUUUCGCUGUGUCCAUUGCAAUGUGGUAUACUCUGAUGUGGCGGCGCUCAAAUCCCACAUCCAAGGUUCUCACUGUGAAGUCUUCUACAAGUGUCCCAUUUGUCCAAUGGCAUUCAAGUCGGCGCCCAGCACUCAUUCCCACGCCUAUACGCAGCACCCUGGAAUCAAGAUAGGGGAGCCCAAGAUAAUCUACAAAUGCUCCAUGUGUGACACAGUGUUCACCCUGCAGCCUUUGCUGUAUCGCCACUUUGACCAACACAUCGAAAACCAGAAAGUGUCUGUCUUCAAGUGUCCAGACUGUUCGCUUUUGUACGCACAGAAGCAACUCAUGAUGGAUCAUAUCAAGUCUAUGCACGGGACGCUGAAAAGUGUCGAGGGGCCUCCGAACCUGGGUAUCAGUUUGCCGCUGAGCACGAAGCCCACCACUCAGAACUCGGUCAGUCACAACAAGGAAGACUCCAAAUCCGUCAACGGGACAGAAAAGACAGAGAAGAAGUCCCCCUCCCCUGUGAAGAAAGCAGAGCCCCAGAAAGUCCCCAAUCCUGGCUGGACGUGUUGGGAAUGUGAUCGCCUGUUUACUCAGAGAGAUGUUUACAUAUCCCACAUGAGGAAAGAACACGGAAAGCAAAUGAAGAAGCAUCCUUGCCGACAGUGCGACAAAUCCUUCAGUUCCUCGCAUAGCCUUUGCCGCCACAAUCGCAUCAAGCACAAAGGCAUUAGGAAAGUUUAUACCUGCUCGCACUGUCCGGAUUCAAGGCGUACUUUUACCAAGCGGUUGAUGCUCGAAAAGCAUAUUCAGCUGAUGCACGGCAUUAAAGAGCCCGAUGUGAAAGAGAUGACAGAAUCCAGCAAUGUAGGACAAAGCGCAGUAAAAGAAGACGCGAAGGUUCCCAGUCCAAAGCGUAAAUUGGAAGAGCCUGUGCUGGAAUUCAGGCCCCCUCGAGGCGCCAUCACUCAGCCGCUGAAGAAGCUAAAGAUCAACGUUUUCAAAGUCCACAAGUGCGCAGUCUGCGGCUUCACGACCGAGAACCUCCUUCAGUUCCACGAACAUAUCCCCCAGCACAAAUCUGACGGCUCUUCGUACCAGUGCAGGGAAUGUGGCCUCUGCUACACCUCCCACGUCUCCCUCUCCCGGCACCUCUUCAUUGUACACAAGCUGAAGGAGCCCCAGCCCGUCUCGAAACAGAAUGGGUCGGGGGAAGACAGCCAACAGGAGAACAAGCCCAGCCGCGAGGAGGAGUCGUCUGACAGUGCCGUGUCCGACAGGAAGUGCAAAGUUUGCGCAAAGACCUUUGAAACAGAAGCGGCCUUAAACACCCACAUGCGAACACAUGGAAUGGCCUUCAUUAAAUCCAAAAGAAUGAGCUCGUCUGAAAAAUGACCCGCCCCUCCCUCCCACCCCACACGCAUAUCCCAAAAGCGAGAGAAAGAAGAAGAAGAAGCCUUCUCUACUUCAGAACGUGACUGACCUUUCUUUCUUUCAUUCAUUUUUGGUACAGAAAACCUGCCACACAAUGGAGAUAACAGCUCUUCACACGCUGUUGCAAUAUAUUCUGUACUGAAAACAAUAUCUUCUUCACCUCAUCGCUAGAGAGAGAGAUAUAUAGAGAAAUAUAUAUAUACAUAGAUAUAUAUAAGCCCCCUAAAGACUUUUUUUUAAAAAAAAACACUCCACGUGAAAUAAAGCAGUAUUUGAGUUGAA